GGCGCGCCGCUCCCGCUGUCCCUCUCGCGCUCUCUAUGGUUACCGUGGAGGUCUGUGGGCGGGGAGUCCCGUGACGGGCCGCUCGGUGCGCGGUGACGGUGGCCGGCAGGCGAGGCGGACGGGGCUGGCGGCCGAGAGGGCUGGCGGAGCCUGCACGAGCUUCUAAUGAAGAUCCUCUGAUUAUUUAAACUCCAAUAACUGGGUCUUCUACUAUCAAAGCUGGGAGAGAAUACUUCUGGAACCAACAUGUAGCAGAUGGGUACUGUGCCAUCAAACCUGCUGCUUUGUAGCCAAAUUUUUGUGUUUUAAUCCACCUUGUGCAUCCAGCAGUGAAUGAAUCAUUCUAGGGAUUCUUAUUUCUUGGGUGGUGAAUGAAUUUUGUUAACUAAAAUUCAAAUUGGAUUUUACGAAGUGUUUGUUAAACUAAGGAACCAUGAGUAGUAAUCUUGGAAAAGAAAAAGACUGUAAGGAGAAGGACCCCAAAGUGUCAUCAGCAAAAGAAAGGGAGAAAGAGGCCAAGGCUUCUGGUGGAUUUGGGAAAGAAAGCAAAGAGAGAGAACCAAAGACCAAAGGGAAAGAAGCCAAAGAUGGGAAGAAGGACUCAAGCAGUGCACAGCCAGGUGUGGCUUUUUCAGUGGACAAUACAAUAAAACGACCUAAUCCAGCUCCAGGCGCUCGUAAAAAAUCUAGCAAUGCCGAGGUGAUCAAAGAGCUAAACAAAUGUCGAGAAGAAAAUUCAGUGCGCUUGGACUUGGCAAAGAGGUCUAUACAUAUACUCCCAUCAUCUGUCAAAGAGUUAACACAGUUGACGGAACUUUAUUUAUAUGGAAACAAACUGCAGUCACUACCGGCUGAGGUGGGCUGUCUCGUGAAUGUGGUAACACUGGCCCUAAGUGAGAACUCGCUUACUAGCCUUCCUGACUCUCUCGAUAACUUGAAGCAGCUUCGCAUGGUUGAUCUACGGCAUAACAAAUUACGAGAAAUUCCUCCAGUGGUAUACAGGCUAACUUCCCUUACCACGCUUUAUCUACGCUUUAAUCGUAUCACGACUGUGGAAAAGGAUAUCAAAAACUUGUCAAUGCUGACCAUGCUAAGCAUACGGGAGAACAAAAUCAAGCAACUACCUGCAGAAAUUGGUGAGUUGUGUAACCUCAUAACUCUGGAUGUAGCACACAAUCAGCUCGAACAUCUUCCAAAGGAGAUUGGAAAUUGCACACAGAUUACCAAACUUGAUCUACAGCACAAUGAACUCUUGGACCUUCCAGAUACUAUAGGAAAUCUAUCCAGUCUGAAAAGUCUUGGUCUGAGGUAUAAUCGGCUCUCAGCAAUACCCAGGUCUCUAGCACAGUGCACUAAGCUUGAUGAGCUGAAUUUGGAGAACAACAUUAUUUCUACUCUACCAGAGGGUCUCUUAUCUAGUCUUGUGAAUCUGACCAGCCUAACUCUGGCAAGGAACUGUUUCCAAUCAUAUCCAGUGGGUGGCCCAUUACAAUUCUCUACCAUCUACGCUCUCAACAUGGAACAUAACCGCAUCAAUAAAAUCCCUUUUGGAAUUUUUUCUCGAGCAAAGGUGUUAAGUAAGCUAAAUAUGAAGGACAAUCAGUUGACAUCCCUUCCCCUAGACUUUGGGACAUGGACCAGCAUGGUAGAACUCAACUUAGCUACAAAUCAACUCAACAAGAUUCCUGAGGAUGUGUCUGGACUUGUUUCCCUUGAGGUUCUUAUCUUGUCAAACAACCUUCUAAGAAAUCUCCCCCAUGGCAUUGGAAACUUGAGGAAACUAAGAGAAUUGGAUCUAGAGGAAAACAAGCUGGAAUCCCUGCCAAAUGAAAUAGCAUACCUUAGGGAUCUACAGAGACUUAUUCUAACAAAUAAUCAGUUGAGUACCCUCCCUAGAGGAAUUGGCCACCUUAUCAAUCUGACGCAUCUUGGACUGGGAGAGAAUUUUCUUACUCAGCUUCCUGAAGAAAUUGGUACUCUGGAGAAUCUCGAGGAAUUGUAUCUAAAUGACAACCCGCAUCUGAACAGCCUUCCUUUUGAAUUGGCUCUCUGCAGUAAACUGUCUAUAAUGAGCAUUGAGAACUGCCCACUCAAUACCCUUCCUGCUCAGAUUGUUGCAGGUGGACCUUCCUUUAUCAUCCAGUUCCUCAAAAUGCAGGGACCAUAUCGUGCCAUGGUCUGAUGAAUAUCUGCUCUAAUGAUGUACAAAAUAUAAAUGGCAUUGGAGGUGUCGUGUAUAUAGUAUCUAGGCCAUAUGGUGCCAGGAUUGAAUAAAAGUUGAAUUGUCCCAUACACUGUACAAAAUGCAAAGAGCAUUAUCGGUAUUGUGUAUGUGUGUAUAUAUAAUAUAAUAUAUAGGCUGUAUAUUAUAUUAUAUAUAAAGCAUAAAUAAUAUAAAACAGACAAAUUUAAGACCACAUUUAUGUGUUUCUGCUAAUAGAGGAAACAUAGCCAUUUAGUGUUUCUUUUUCUUUGUAAAAUGCUUGUCUAAGUUUUCUUUGCUGAAUUUGAUGGAUAUCUGGGUAAUCUGGGGAUACCAGUUCACUGAAAACAAUUGCCAACUAAUUGUGGAUCAAUCUAAGGGACAAAACAUUUUUAGAUGGAGCUUUCUUCCCAUGGGGAAAGCAAGCAAAUUGGUCACAUGAACUUUUCUUUAUCAUUCCCCUCAACACACCAUCAGCUUUGUGUCAAAAAUCCUUUGGGAUAAUUUGCCCUUUAGUUGGGGUGAUCCUUUAACUUAUUUUAAGAUUUGAAACGAACGGUCUUGUAUAUUGUUUACAAUCAGAGUAAAUCACUGGAUUUGGGGUGGGGGUGGGGAUUUACUCUGUUUUAAUCAUAUCUAGAUUUUUUAUGAUUCUGCUGAGGGCUUUUUUAUUGACUGAUUCAUAUUAAAACAAAAUCACAAGCAUCUGGUAAGUAGGAAAAGAUACAGUCCAACGAAAGCUUGAAUUAAUUUUAAAUCUUGGUUCCUUGAGUUCAUCGGUUGUAAGCAUAUCAUAUUUGAAUCAAUUAUUUUAUGGUUGGCCUCAUCUAGCACAAGCAACAUUUUCUGAUUUAGAAAUUGACAGAUUUGUUGAAAUGCUACAUGUUCUAUUAAGGUCUAAUAGUGCAUUGAUGAGGAUAUUGGUGUUGAUAUAAAACGCAACAGGCAAUUGUAAGGGUUUCCCCUGGUCUUUGUACAAUUAAUGAAUGUGUCUGUCUUUGAAACACGGCAGUAUAUGUAAGAUUUACGGUUGGUUGACAAUGUUACUCUGGUUUUAUAUCUUGCCUUGCCUUGUACAUCCUUCCAUUAUUAUGGGGCGCCUGCAUCCAAGCACAAUAUCUUCAUACUGUGCUGUUUUGCUGCUGAACUAAAUGCACUUUUCCCUACGGGACACUUGCUUCAAAGUAAUCUGUUCAGUAUCAUGAUUUAUUCACUUAACCUCAUCCUAUCAAUCUCAGUAUUAAAAACUGGUCUGUUAAAAAAGACACCUUUUCAUUCGUAUUUAGAAUUUGAUUGCUCUGUAGAAAAACAGUAAAGUGGUUCACAUGCGGUUUACUGUCAUUUUCAUGGCUGUAUAAAGGGCUAAUGAUGCUGCGGUGAAAUAGACACUUUCUACUACACUUGGAGUGCCAUUUCAAGUUUGAUUUUUGGAAACUCAUAUAGCCAUUACAUUCCAGAUAGUUUUGUUUUCCAUGUCAAUUCACUAUGUUGGGUUCGGUUCUGGGAUUCAAGAAUUUAGGGAAUACUGUAUCUUUUGAACAAAUUGUACAUCGUAGGUGCCAGAAUAUUUUUUCUUCACCUGUUGAAGAUUUUGUAAUUUUUAUUUCCUACAGUAAGAUGUAUUUAAUGGGCACAAUCCAGAGAUAGUCAGGCAUGUUUGUUCCAUUGAAAUCAGUUGGUCUUAAGCUCCAAAUUGUGUACUUAAGGCUGUACUUAACAAGCACAGUUACUUCUUAAGCCUGCUCUGCAAGACUCAUUGAUUUCAGUUGGAUUCGGGUGUUUAUGAGUUCUUUUGGGUUGAGCUCUGCAUAACUUACUGCCUUGAUCUGCUUUCUCUGAGGUGAAUUCUAGCUUUCAUUCGUUUUCACACUGGCAAGUAAGAAUUGCCUAAAGGAAGGCAGGUAGAGAUAUAAAACCUUUAAAGGGCUUAAGCUGGUAGUAAAAACUACUCUAGGUAUCACUGGAUUUUCAACAGAAUAUUGGUUUGGAUCCAGAGUUAUGGGUAUGUAACUGGACUGUCAAAAGCAGACUACACAGUCCCUCCCCGCAAUGAUGCUACAUAGAAGAUUGGGGGACCUGCUGAAUUGCAUGGGCUAUGGCAUGGGAGAGAGUUAGGAGGAAGGGUGAGGGCCUGAAAAAUCGAUCAGAGGCGUGUUCUGUGAGUGUCUUUCCCUUUUCUUUUAGCCCCCUGUGUCAUCCCGUUCCAGAGUGUCCCCUGGUCCUCUGUGUAUAGUGGUGGUGGGCGGGUGUGCACGUGUAAGUCUGGAUCCAUCCCAUUAAUUCUACUGCCUUUUAAAAAAAUAUCUACUAAUAGCUAUUUCACUUUAGAUAUUCGUUUAUAAAAAUGUAUAGUUUCAGCUGUAUGCAAGCGUACCCAUCUGAGCAUUAAAGUGUUAAAAUACAAAGAUGCCUGUAGUGGUGGUUUAAUUUAAAAAGAAAAGAAAAAAAGAUUAAAGUCCACUUUAUGCUCAAGCUGUAAAGUUGUUCUAUUGAUUCAGUAUGUGUUUCUUUUAUAUGCUGCCCACAUGCACUUUUAUUUUUGGGUGGGGGUAAUAUUUUCAAGUCAUUUGUUUAUGUGUUACUUUUAAGGCCAGAGUUUAGCUGUAUACUGAACAUUGUUCCAGGCAGAAUUGGAGAAGCGUCUUUGUAAGCUUUUACAGAAUUGAAGUAGGAUAGUAUGCUUUUAGUAGGCUGGCUUCUUCUGCCACUUUGCGUAAUUGUGGGUAGAUGAAGUUUGGCUGCAUUAUGGAACUGAUAGUUUUGUCUGUAAAUAUAUUAAUAUGCUUGUUCAUUUUGCCAAGGAUUAUAUGACUGACUGUUUCUCUGUCUAGAACUUUGCCUGCAUGUUAGAAACUGGUUUAUUCAUUUAUUGAUACCCUUCAAAAUUCAUCUCAAAUAACUGCUUAUUUGUUAUUUUGAAACCAGUGAAAUAAUUAUACUUCAGCAUCAUAUGUAAACAGGAAUUGAAAUACAUUCUGAUGCUAAGCGCUGAAACCACAGUAUUCCCAAAACUUAUUUGUAUUAUGUUUUGGUUCUGUAAUCAGUACAGAAUCCUGGGCUAAAAAGAAUUUAAAAAUAUUUUCAUGAUGCAGAUAAUUGUAACUUGGAUUUUAAAACUUGAAUAAUUGAAAAUGAUUGUUUCAUGACAUAUCUUCAUUAGUAAAAUAAUGGAUUUUAACCAGUUAGGUAAUGUUCACCCAAAUCUAGGAAAAACACAUUAGCUGAAAUUUAAGAAUUGCCAAUCAGAAUGCGGGGGAUAAGGGAGAGAAUGAAUGCUAAGAUUGUUAAUACUGAGACAUUAGCAAGGUAGAAUAUACCUAGAUGAUUUCUUGUUGGAAUAUCUUUUGGGGGAGUUAAUAAAUGUAUGCCAAAUGUUUUGGUCACUCUUCUAAUUCAGCUCUACCUUUGAGGUGAGCCUUCAGAACUUGUGGCAAUCUUUCCAAGUGUGUCUGUAAGAGUCUUGAUAAAAAUCAAUGCUUACCCUCCAGUGUACAUCACUGAAACAUCACCAGUUUUAUUUGGAGCACUCUUAAGAUUCCUUAGCACAGGGACCGACUGGUCAUCUCAUGGCAGUUUAGGAAACAUUACUAGCCCUGUUGCAGCUGCUGCCAUCAAUGCUGUGGUUUCUAUUCUGCCUUCCAGUCGCUGUAAAAACUGUCUCCCUCAACCUGGAGGCCUCCAGAUGAGUGGAACUAUAACACUGAUCACCCAGAGGGCACCAAGUUGAGGAAAUCUGCUGUAGAACGGAGGGAUAAAACUUGACUUACUUGUAUGUAAUGUAUAUGGUUAUCAAUUUGGCCAUUGAUGUUGUGUGUUGGAGUAACCCUAUACCUCUGUGAUGGACUGUUAACAGGAUUUUAAUGGCUGGUAGGACAGAGCUGACUUCAAUUGUAGCAACAGAACACCAUUGAAACAGCUCCUUAGAUGGGACUCUGCCACAGUUAAGGAAAAUGCAAGAGUCUAGCAUUCACAGAAUUGAAAUACUGAAGUUACAGAAUUGAAUUAUAAAGUAUAAAGGAGGAAUAUUGGCAUUGUGAUUCCUUUUGAAACAAAUGUAUUUAUCAUCUUAGUAUACCACUCAUGGAAUAUUAAUGCCAGCUGAAAUGCUAUGUUUAGGGGCAAAAAUGGCUAGAAGGAAAGGAAUUAUGCUGUAUAAUUGGCCUUAAAGACCUUUGCCCAACUUCCUCAGUGGAUGCUUUUAAAUUUGUUUUCUGUUAAACGUUUGCAGUGUUUACUAUUAGAUGUUUCAGACUUUAUUUAUCUUUGCAAAUAUUCAGACUUGGAAAGGAAUUUAGGUUACUGAAAUGGUUUUGCAAAGGUAGUACUAAGAAAAAAGAACUGCAGCUACUUACUUGCUAUUGAGGCAGACAAGUAGCCUUUUUGACAUGGAUGAUUUUUGGGAAUUUUUUUUAGUUCUUCACCUAUCAGAGGAAAAAUGCCCUCUUGGCUUAUUCAGGAAGCUGAAUGCAGCAGAGCAUUUGUACAGUCAAUAUUGCACUUCCAUUGUAUCUUUAAUCAGCAUGCCCGAACUUGCUUUUAAUUAGGUAUACACUUGGCAGUAAUUUGCACAACACAUCAACUUUAAAAGGCACAUGUAGGACAAUUACUAACGAUAAUAACUGCAAAAAAUGAAUAAAUUCUGAAGGCUUUUUUAUUCUACAAAGAUCUGAAGAUUCUGUUACUAUUUCAAUGUUUAGGUCUUAGCAGGACAAUGCAGGAUUCUGCCUGUUAAAUAUAAGGCCACACUAAUUUGUGAUUAAAAAUGAAAGCGUGUAAAUGGUCUACAAAAAUGUACUUUCUGAAUUAUUGUAAUGUUAAUUGUUAUGUCUAUAAAAAAUGCCUUGCUUUUUUUAUAAGUCAUUCUGUAUCAAUGUAUUCAUUAUAAAUAGUAUAUUUGUAAAUGA